CUAGGACAAGAGCAGCAGGCCUACUCCUCAGAGUGACUCAGGCCUACUUUAGACCGCUCUCUGAAACGGACUCUAAAUUUCUAACAUCACCAGCUUUAGAGGUCGUAUCUAAUACAGGUUUUUGAUAGUGUUUUCUGUAUUUCUGAAAGCGCUUUUUUCAAAAAUGAAUACCAUGGAUAACUUGGAGAAACAGCUGAUUUGUCCCAUAUGCCUGGAAAUGUUUACAAAGCCUGUGGUUAUCCUGCCAUGCCAGCACAACCUCUGCAGGAAAUGUGCCAAUGAUGUUUUUCAGGCCUCAAACCCGUACCUUCCAACAAGAGCUGGCUCACUGUCAUCUGGUGGCCGCUUCCGAUGCCCGUCCUGCAGGCAUGAGGUGGUUCUGGACAGACACGGUGUUUACGGGCUGCAGAGGAACUUGCUGGUUGAGAACAUCAUCGACAUGUUCAAACAGGAGUCCAGCAGCAAGCCAGCGCCAGAGAGAAAGGAAGAAACGCCCAUGUGUGAUGUUCAUGAGGACGAAAAGAUCAACAUUUACUGUGUGACCCAUGGCGUGCCCACAUGCUCCAUGUGUAAGGUAUUCGGAGCUCACAAAGACUGUGAGGUGGCGCCCAUCACCAGCAUCUACCAGACAAAGAAGACGGAGCUGAGCGACGGGAUUGCCAUGAUGGUUGGUAACAACGACAGGAUGCAAGGCAUCAUUAGUCAGCUAGAGGAAGCCUGUCGUGCCAUAGAGGAGAAUGGUCGGAGGCAGAAGACCCUGGUGUGUGAGAAGUUUGACCAGUUGUAUACCGUCCUUGAGGAGAAGAAAAGGGAGAUGAGUCAGAAGGUGACAGCCGAACAGGAUGAGAAGGUGAACUAUAUCAGGAGCCUGACCAGGAAGUACGGGGACCAUCUGGAGGAGAGCUGUAAGAUGGUGGAGCUGGGUAUCCAGACUAUGGAGGAGCCGGAAAUGGCUUUAUUUCUACAGAACACAAAGCCUCUCCUCAAAAAGCUUGAAGAAGCAUCCAGUACAGCACACUUGGACAAAGUUGAGCGUGGCUAUGAGAAUAUGGAUCAUUACACCGUCAACUUCAAGAAAGAGGGCAAGGCCCUGCGCAGCCUUGACUUUAUCCAAGAUGAUGAAGAUGAGGAUGAAGAGGAUGAGGAUGGAGAUGCAGGCACUCAGGAAGCAGAGGGAGCCCAGACUGUUUCGGGAGGCGGUGCUGUUACAGCCGCCUCCGUCCAACCUUCUGCCCCCCAGCAGAGUAACUCCUCCCCAAGCACAGCCACGAGCUCUGCCUCGACCUAGCUGUCAGCCGCCAGCCCAGACAACACCCAAACCAGGAGCAGGAUAAGUUCUGCUCCUAGAUGUUGAUUUCAGGUCAGUUGUGAUGCUUUUUCUCCCAGAUUGGGGAACAGUGAGACAGAUUUAGAUCUGCGCCGAAGGGAAAGUCUGAGUUGCUGAGGUAGAUCUAAAGGAAGAGACGGAAGUUUGAAUUCCUUUCUUUCUCUGUUAUUGUGAUUGUGUUAGCGUGCAUCACUGCAUACUGGCUGAUCUUUUUUGUCGGGUUAAAUACACAUUUUAGUUUCCUUCUUUAGUCGCUUUUUCGAAUGACAGACAGCCUAUUGGUUAUUUCCAGAAUUCAUACAUUUUUAAUAUCGCUGACCUUUGUGACUCACUGCUUAAACUACAUCAUUAGCGAGCGUGACAAGAGGGCCUCAGGUUUUCCUCCCGGUCGUAUACUUUUUUAUGACUGAUAUAACUUUAUGAGUAGGGGGGCAGAGUAAAAAACUAUCACUGUGACAUUUCAGUGUUUCACACACGUAACAGCCUGUAUUAUGUGUCAUAUUUUUUGUUGUGUAACACAGGUAUAUUUUCAUAUAUGGACAAAAUAUUGCAUCAUGCCAUGUUGUGUUGUAUUAUAUAUCAUGUGUCAUUAAAACUGAAUUGUACAACA